UCUUGACAUGUGUGUUCAGGUGAUUUUAAGACAUACAUUCUGUUCAACGUUUAAAAUGUCGAGAUUUAUAUUCGUUUAUGGGACUUUAAAGUCGGGCCAACCUAAUCAUUACCUCAUAGCAGACGAAACGAGAGGAACAUGUGCAUUUAGAGGGAAAGCUCUGACUGUGGAGAAAUAUCCACUCGUUGUGGCAUCACGAUUCAAUAUACCAUACCUGCUUUAUGAACCCGGAAGAGGACAUCAUGUUGAAGGCGAACUGUACGAAGUGGACGACACUAGGCUGGCAAUUCUUGAUGAUCUAGAAAACCACCCCAUAUUGUAUGAGCGCACGUCUGUCAAACUGAAACCAGUCAACGACGACAAGACGACAGGAAGUGGCGUAACAUUCGCAAAUAUGGCGGCUGAAGCAUAUUUAGUCAAGUAUCGACCAGCCUUGUUGGAUAUACCAUUUAUUAAUAAUUUUAUGGACAAUGUUGAUGGCAAAAAGUAUGUGUUGCAUAAAGAUCGCAAAGCUGCGACCCCAGGGUUCUGGUAUGAGGUCCAUACUGGACAUGAGAAGACAUCUUCUUAACGGACAGUUCGCUUCAAGCUUAAACAGUUAUCGAUGGUUCUGGAUUAUUUCUUACUGCACAGACCUCUCCAGCGAUACCUGACUUACUAAAACGUGUGUGUGGACCAAUUAAGACAUAUCGCAAGGCCGUUGAAAUCGUGUGUAUGUAUUCUUACAUAGAAUUGACGUUGGUGUUAUGUCUCACAGUUAUUUCUCCAAUAAUCUAUAUAUAUGCACUACAUGUAGCUAGAAAUUGUACUGCAGUUGUCAGUUGGUUUGCAAUAAACGAAUUUGGUA